AGGGCUGGUCUCAGAUAAGCAUAGAGAGAUGAACGCGGAGAGCUGCUCAGUCCAUGCCCGCGGUGGAGACGCGCGGGGUCCUCCUCUGAGAAGCGCACGUUGCCAUGCUUCAUGCUUCACUUCUCCUUGAAGGAGGAGGGGAUGGCUCUGGUCGUCUGUGAAACGCCCCGAUAUCUCCUGACUCCACGACAAGCGUAAAGGGGAGAACGUUCACUCUUUCAGCAGUUGUUAGACUUUACUACUCGGACCAAAAAUCGGUGGAUUGCUGCCGUGCUGGUUUCGUGAUUCCCGCGCACCUAUCGCCGAGGAUUAUCGCGACUGUGCGUCAAAGUUUCCGCUGAUGUUUUGGUCGUUUUGUCACGAGACAUUAAGUUUGCCUGUGAUUGUUCCGGAAGUUACAGCUCGUGCUUUGCCAGGGAUUUGCAUCGAUACGUGGCGAAGUGUAAAGUUGCACUGCGCGUCUUGCUGACAGCGGGGGGUCGCGAUACAGCGUGAGACCACCACGAUACAGCAGUGAGACCACCCCGACACAGCGUGAGACAACCACAAUAUAGCCGUGCAAACACAACGAUACAGCUUGUGAGCACCACGAUACAGCGCGAGAACGCCACUAUGUCGCAGCGUCCCGGCGUUUCCUCCGCUUGCAGAACAUGACCGCAGCGGUCAGCGACCUAUCCAACAUGCUGAGAUGUCUCGUUACACUGAAGCCGUUCAGGAUCUUCGUGGUGGGCCUGGGCUUCUUCAGCCUCUGCUUCCUGAUGACCUCCCGGGGCCCCCCCUUCACCGCCCGGUCCGAAGUGCUGUCAGGCGGGGGGAGUCGCGGGGGGUGCUGAGGAAGAUCAGUGAGAUGCUGGAGGUGAUCCUGAGGCGGAUGGACGCGCUCUCCCGACUCAGCAACUCCUCCAGCGGCGACGCCCACCGCCUGGAGGAGCUCAGCUCGGCCCUGGACAGGCUCCAGCCAGCAGGCCUACUGGAGAGGAUCGAGUCCAUCGCUCAGAACAUGUCCGACCUGGCGCUCCGGGUGGAGCAGAUCCUCCAGCGCAGCGUCAGAGACAAAGCGAAGGAGGGGACGUUAGGACAGUGUGAGAUCCCAAAGGAACCCCGCUACCCUGACUGCCAGAGCAAGGUGGACUGGAUGCGGGCCCGCUGGACCUCGGACCCGUGCUACGCCUUCUACGGCGUGGACGGCUCCGACUGCUCCUUCCUGGUGUACCUCAGCGAGGUGGAGUGGUUCUGCCCCCCGAUGGCCUGGAGGAACGACAGCAGCGCGCCCACGCACAAGCCCAGACCCAGGACACAGGCGGCGUUCCGCUCGGACAUGGGCCCCCUGUUGGAGCAGGUGGGGGGGGGCAAGGAGUCGCUGAGCUUCAUGAAGCGACGCAUCCGCCGGCUGGCCCCCCAGUGGGCGUCGGCCGCCCGUCGCCUUGACGACCGCCUCCGCCACCUCGUGAGGGAGCAGAAAAGGGUGCUGGUCCACGUGGGCUUCCUGACGGAGGAGUCUGGGGACGUGUUCAGCCCCAAGGUGCUGAAGGGCGGUCCGCUGGGGGAGAUGGUGCAGUGGGCCGACAUCUUCUCCGCCCUCUACGUCCUGGGCCACGACCUCAAGAUCUCCGUCUCCCUCAAAGAGCUGCAGGGGUACGUCCCACCACCCCCGGGUCUGGGCUCUUUCUCACUCUCACAAAUAAAUUUGAAUUGGAAAGUGACAUUUAAAAUAAGUUGUGCAUUAUUAAUCCCAGACAGGAAACUGUCAAAAUACGUCCACAAAUGA